CAACUACCAUACCGUACCAGUCUGAUUAGAAAGGGCGACAAAGUGCCGUUAGCAACGACUACCAUUGACAUCGACAAACAUCACACAAUAUCAAAAAUAUCAAAUUGCGUGAAGGCAGAUCUUUCCAUAGUCAUGGCGACGACGACCACCACCAUAAGCAACACCAGCACCCUGAAGAUCUCGGCUGGUCCGCCAGUAGAUAUUUCCAAAUAUCCCAAACUCAACGCUGCACAGGCCGGGCAUCUGCGCCAUUUCCACAACCUCGUCUCUCAAGUCGACGGCGAGUGGCAUCACUUUGGAAGCCUCGAGGCCCAGCAGGAAUGGGACGACGCCUACAGGUACCAGCUGGCGACCAUGACCUACGCAGCCGGCGUCGCCCACUAUCACCGCCUGCCCGCCAUGAGGAGCGCCUUCAAAACCCUCCUACGACAGAUGAUACACAAGAUGCUUCGGCGAGAAGUGUGGGGAUACUGGUUCGUCACCAGCCACGGAGGCAAGCUGUUGGAUCCCGACCUCAAGGAACUCCGCAAGCCCUGGGCCGACCCGGUCAUCAAGGAGAACAUCAUGUACUCGGGACACCUCUUGCUGAUGACCAGCCUGUACGCCAUGCUGUUUGACGACGACGAGUUCGAGAAGGAAGGCAGCCUGACAUUUACGUGGAAUCCACUGUUUUGGGGGUUGGGGCGCGAGGACUUUGUCUACGACAAUCGAAGCUUGCAGAAGGUGAUUUUCCAGCAGAUGGAAGACAACGAUUGGGUGGGAGUGUGCUGUGAGCCGAACGCCGUGUUUGUCGUGUGCAAUCAGUUCCCCAUCAUCGCCAUGAGGUACAACGAUAGCCGCGACGGCACCAACAACGUGGAAGACGUCCUGGUCAAGUACAAGGCAUCCCUUGUUCGCAAAGGCAUGCUCAACGACAGCGGCCUGUAUCCGAGCUUCUUCGCCCUCAAGCAACGCAAGGCCCUGCCCGCCCGACAAGGCGCUCAUACCGCUUGGGCAAAUGCAUACAUGAACACGUGGAACUCGAAGCAAGUGCACUCGCUCUACGACAGCCAGGUUCUAGGCUUCUUGACCAACGUCGACGGCAAGACUCGACUCCAGCCCACGCGUGUCGCGCUCGGAUUUCGAAAGCUGGUCCUGGAGAAUGGCGAAGACGCCCACAGUGUCGAGACGCUGCGCAAGGCCCGUGAGAUGUCCGCGCAGUUCGUCAACCCGGCCUUUCCUUUCGAAACGCCGAGCUGGAGCUCGUUUGCGCAGAUGCUGUCGGAGCUGGGGAAGGAAAAGGAGCUCGCGGACCUUCUCGACUACGCCGACGCGCACCUCAACCCUACGUGGGAGAACGGAGGGCUCUUCUACCCGCGCAACGACAAGCUUUUCGACGACGACUACAAUAUGGUCCACAUGGAGCCACACUCGGGAAAUUCGGGCAUCGGCUACUCUCGCUUGAACGUCAAAGAUGGGCAGAAGAAGAUGUGGGAGAAGCCCUGGACAAAGGACAUCCUGGCACAGCGGCCUUGGGUGAACGGGUUGAGCUUUGCGGAUGGUGUGGACUUUUUGAGAGGUGUCUGGGAUGAGGAAGCCCGUGCUAUGAUCAUCACCAUGAAGAGCUGGAGCGGGAAAGACAGGGAAGUGAGCUUGACGGCCGAGAACCUGCCCCGAGGAGAUUGGGCAGUCUAUGUCGAUGGCACCUUGAAGCAGACGACAACGACGGUACGAGACGGCGAGGGCGUGGGCGUGAUGGUAGUUGUUGGACAGGACGAGGUUGACGUCGUUGUCAGUUCUGUUUACUAGGGACAAAAGUGCUGAAAUAAAUCGAGGGAUGGGAUGGUUUUGUCUAAACCAUUUUUCUACAGGCUAGUGGAGAACGCACUGGUACAGUCCUAUCUGCCUAUAGCUUACUUGCCACGAGCUUCUUCAAAUUCUCCUCCGUCA